UUCUCAUUUGUAAAGCGUUUUGAUCUUUCUACCAAUGCAAAAGUCAAAUCUGUUUACAAUCUUUCUUGUGUCCACAGCGUGAGGAUAUUUCUCGUAGAUAAAUAAAAUCAGUUGAUACAAACACGAGUAUAGAUAAUCUUAAAAUGUUGUGUUUUCGAUUUCCACCGGUACUGCAUAUCACUCAGCGAUUAGAUCAAUAUGUAACACAAACUAGAGCCAAAACGUUUCAGACUAAUUGGUCUCUUUUAAGGACACGCUGGCUAACCCAGAUUUCGGGAAACCGAAAUUUUGACCUACACCAAAAGUGGGCAUUGCCCUACCUAUAAAAGAAGUUUGGUUUCAGUGUUGUGUAUAUUUCUUUGGUUAAAGAGAAAACUCUCCUUGUCUUUUAAAGAAACUGAAGAUGGGUCCAAAAACUUUAACUUCGUUUUUCUCAAAACUGCACUUUUCGGGAAAGCCCCUUUGUGCUUAAAAGCGACCAGUUAUGCUUGUUCUUAUACUUUUAAACCUGUUAUUGAUUAACCUUUCAGCAGCAGGGAUUUGCCGGUCCAGGGGACAACUUUCCUUACGCAAUAAAAUGAUCACUUGCUAAUACGAUGUUUUCAUUUCCUUCCCCUCUCCCACGCCCCACCUUCCACGGAUCUCGGGAUGCCGACUGACUUGGAAUUCAACGUAAACUCAAUUAACAAAAACCAUAUCUGAAAAAUCAACGAUUUAAUUCGAACUCCGAAAUCAAACAAAAUUCUAACGAUAAACUUCAUUUUUCUCUCUAUUUACGUAAAUCAAUCAAAACACCUGUUGAAUGCAUAAUUUAUUUUAAUAACAUAACCAUUAAAAUGUGGUAAUCGGUAACGGACAAUAAUUCAAGCAACCCAUUCAUUUUAUCCCUUCAUUUUGGAAAAAAAAUCCUUAAAUAAUAAUAAAAACAUACGCUCACCUGUUCCUCAUGGACACAAAUGAAUCAAACAACUAACAUUGGCAACCUUCACGAUCUACGGAAUACUGCACAUGGUCAAAUAUCGUCACAAAUGCCUACUCUUCAAAAUUGUUGCUCCGCUCAAACUGACACAUUUGAUGCCAAUGGAGUACAGUAAACUUGCUGAUCCAAAGACAUGGAUAGAGGCAAGCAUUCAGGUGUUCUACUCUUUGGGACCGGCCUGGGGUGGCCUCAUCACCAUGGCCAGCUACAACAAGUUCAACAACAACUGCAUGAGAGACGCUGUUCUGCUGUCACUUCUGUGCGAGGGGACAAGUGUGUUUGCUGGCUUUGCCAUCUUCACCAUUCUCGGACACAUGUCGAAGACUUUAAGCGUCCCUAUCGAAACUUUCGCUAAGACUGGUCCCGGAGUAGCGUUUGUGGUCUAUCCUGAAGCCAUCUCCUACCUACCCCUCCCUCAGUUGUGGGCUGUGCUCUUCUUCGUCAUGCUCUUCACAUUGGGGCUGGAUUCACAGUUUGUGACAAUCGAGACUGUGCUGACCACCCUGUCUGAUAUGUGGCCCCGGCUCAUGAAGAGACAUGAGAAGCUCAUCAAGUUUGGUUACCUGAUUUUACUCUUUCUUUUCUCCCUGCCCUUCGCGUCUAGGGGAGGAGUUUACCUGUUCCAACUGGUGGACUGGUACUUCGCUGCGUUCACCACAGUUGUCAUUGGUAUUAUGGAGUGUAUUGUUAUUGCAUGGAUUUACGCGCCUAAGGAUCACUCUCACGCCAUCUAGUGAGUGGGAGCCCAAUGACCCAAGCCUAAAAGACCAGUACCGAAUGGACACCAAACACUUACGAGUCUGUAACACACGAUGUAUUUGCUGCAAAUAAAGUCUUUCUUUAUUACUUUUAAUAACAUGAUAUUACUAUGCCACAUUUUUUUAACAAUAAGUCGUUCAUAAUGUCUGAAAUAGAAGAUAUUCAUGUGCCCAUAUUAUGACAUACUCAAUAGAGGUGCUACCAAAGAUAACGACAGUCCACUCUUACCUGCCUAUGCAUGUACAUAUUUUUUAUCUGCUGUUAUCGACAGUUUUUUGUGGUGUUGGUAUUCUAGUGAUUAGGCUACCCGGACUCGUUAUCGGGAGGUUGCGGGUUCGGGGGUUCGAGCCUCAGGCCCAACGUUGUGUCCUUGGGAAAGACAUACUACACGAAUUUUCCCACUUCUCCCAGGUGUGAAUGGAUACCCAGUCAUAGACAGCGAAAGAUUUUGUGAGUGUGUUAGUGUUUUAGCGCCUGCAGAAUGGCAGCUUGCACUCUGUGCUUUCCAUGAAGUUGAAAUUGUUUCUGCUGUAAUAUAGAGUGUAAAGUGCUUAGAGCAUGCUGUUGAGCGUGAAUUUUCGCUAUUCAAAUGUUUUCUUUGAUAAGUAUUAUUAACUUUCUUCUGUUCUGGUAAGAAAUACCACUUAGUUGAAUAACCUUUCUAAAACCUAAAAGUCCUUUUCUUUUGUAUUAAAGGUGUAUAAGAAAGGAUUCUAUUAGAAUGCAACUAUAUAGUUUUCAGUUCAAAUUAAUGUUGUUAUAACAUUACGUGACUGUCUAUAGUGAUUCUUUCCAACUGUAAUUAGAUGUGUAAACUGAUAGUACACUGGCUACAAGUACUAACACUAUAUUUAUAUCUUAUAUGUGCAGUAGAAGCAACCUGCUUCCAAAAUGAUCUCAGUUGUGUUAAUGGAGGUGCUAACAGUUUUAAUCAAUUAAUUUUUAAAAUGAUUUUACCAUCCUUUCCUGACGCUUCUUGAUAGACGAUUUGAGAUUUACGUAAAUUCUCAAGUUGGGAUCUAAUAUCAAAUCAUUGCAUUUCUAAGAUAAUUUCUCACUGUUUCCUGAUUCGUGCUAGUUACCCCCAUUUAAUCAAGCAUACGAAACUGAUUUGUAAGAGUUUGGUAGACAAGGCAAAUGCAGAAGAGUUAAUAAUUAUUAUUUUGACACUGUUAAAUAAUCCUACUUUAAAAUUGAAUCCCAUUUUAUCGUUGCAAUUUUAGGCCUACAGUUUAGAUUAUGUGAGCUCAAAAAUUAUAUUAAUUGUCAAAAUUCAAUGGCUCUGCGCUGACAAAAGAACUUGUCAAAAAGGUAAGUCAGGGCACAGAUGAAGCUUUUAUUUGUAAAGGCUAUUUGACUAAUUUUUCCAUGUCUAAAUAUAAUUGUAAAGAUACAGUUCCGUUGCAGAACACGAGGGGCUGAUAACAUAUCGUAAGUUGACUUUAAAAAAAAAAAAAAAAAAAAAA